AAGAUAAGAUAAUAGUUUUGAUUUAGUUGAGAUAUGACAGAUUGCAAAAGAACCCAUUGUAUGAGAUAUUGUACAAGCGAUCAUGUAUAAAGCUAAACGUUUGUGUUUUAGAAUUUUAGUCGUAGUUUUCUUUAUAUGUCAAACAGACGGUAACGAAUGUGGGGAACUACAAGAAAGGUUUUCUCAGUUGGAGAAGGAAUUUUCUAAACUUCGGCAACAAGUCGUCGAUUUAGAACACAAUGCUGAGAAAGAACGUAACAGGCGUUACCUUUUGGACGGAGAACUAGACAUAGAAAAUGAAGUCAAGAAGGUCAUUCAAGAUGUUCAAGGAAUAAAACAAGAUAUGGGAAGUACGUAUGUACGAUGGGGGCGUACAGAAUGUUCCAGCAAUUCCAGCGUUGUUUACAAAGGUUACACAGGAGGAAAAUGGUAUGGAGAUACUGGAGGUCCAGCAAACUAUGUAUGUAUGCCUGAAGAUCCCCAAUGGGCAAAAUACUUAGACGGAUUUCAAGAUAGAGGGAACAGAAUGUAUGGUACUGAGUAUGAAGAUAACUAUGAGUCAACAUUCAACCCAUUCAAUGUUCAUAGAGAUGACGAGGACGCCCCCUGUGUCGUCUGCAAAUCACAAAGGGCGACAACUGUUAUGAUACCAGCAAGAACAAGUUGCUACAACGGCUGGCACUUGGAAUAUACUGGAUAUCUUAUGACAAUGAGUCGGGCCUAUCAAUCAUCGAGUGAAUAUAUAUGUGUUGAUAAGGAUCCAGAGAUCAUACCACAUGGAAGUAAAAGUGAAGAUGGCAACUUGUUGUAUAUUGUAGAAGCAGCAUGCGGUUCUCUCCCCUGCCUGCCAUAUGUAGAUGGCAGAGAAUUAGCUUGUGCUGUAUGUAGUAAAUAAAUACAU